GAAUUUUUGGUUAUAUUUUCAUUUAAAAAAAGAUUUUGAUGUGUUAAGAUCGGUGAAUUGUGAAUUUUUUUGUCUUCCUUGAUUAUAUGGAUGAUUUAAUUAUUAAAAAAGAAAUGGUGGCUCAAUAUAAAUCGCCGGAGAAGAAGCAGAACAAGAGAAAGUCUGCUGGACUUGCCAAAAAGACAAAGAGUUUAAUUAAGGAGAAGUUCAGACAUUAUGAUUUGUUUACAUUCAAGAAAAAGAGCAAAAUCCUCGAAAAUUGCCGAUCCGAAGAAAAUGACUCAAAUCAUGUAAAUGUGAUGCCUAAGAAGGAACCAAUGGAAUUUGAUUCACCAGACAAAACAGAGAUAUUAGGAAAUGUUUCAUGUAGUGAGCAGGACUUUAAAAUUGAAAAGAAACCGAUGAACCGAAAAGUAUCUAGUUUGUCAAAAGAUACUCUAAUUAUGGAUUCAUCGCAAUAUAUUAAUUUCGAUAUGAGCCAGAACUAGUCAAUUAAGGACUUAUCUUCCGAUGUAUAUAGAAACGAUACAGCGCUGAUAUACAAACUUAUUUGGAUUAAGUUACAUUUUGUUAGGUGCCAAUAAGCGUUUAAGAAACAUCUAGUCAUUUAAUUAAUUUGAUAACUUAAAUUGUUCAUUUUUUCAAAUAAAACUCUAUUAACGACUUUUUC